AUGUCUGUUACAGGCUUUAAAAACACCAAUGAGAAAGUACCCUUAAAUCACAGCAUUGAGAAGGAGAAAACCAUAAGACAUAUUGGUUAUUUGUCUUCAUCAUACUCUGUGAAAAAAAUUCAAGUUGGAAUCUGUUUGCUUCUGGUGGAGCUGUGUGAGAGGUUCACUUUCUUUGAAAUCGUCUGCCAUAUGAUCCCCUUUUGCACCGUCAAGCUUGGCUAUCACAAUUACCAGGCCGCCAUUUUGAACUUGUGUUUUAUUGGAACAUCAAUCCUUACCCCAGUGUUUGCAGGAUGGCUUGCUGAUGUAUGUCUAGGAAGAAACAAACUGGUACAGGUUUGCUUAUUUCUGCAUUUUCUAGGCUCUGCUUUGUUAUCUGUGGCUGCUUUUCCCUUGGAGGGUUUCUACAUAGGCGCUCACCAUAUGAUUAACAACAUACCAAAAAAGGAACAGACCAGGCUGUUUCACGUAGCACUGGUGGCCAUCUGCCUCAGCACAGGAGAAAUAAGGGCCAUCAUCUGUCCACUGGGUGCUUACAGCCUUCAGGAGUAUGGAUCCCAGAAAGAAAUGUCCUUUUUUAACUGGCUUGCAGGUUGCUCCCUCCUGACAACAUUUGGGGUGUUUGUUAAUGUACUAAAAACAUGUAGUCUGCAGUACUUCUACCUUGGCAGAGGUGUGACAAGCUGGUUAGACCAUGCCAAGGAAAAAAAUGGUGGCCGCUACAGUGAGCUCCAUGUGGAAAACACAAAACUUUUCUUCACCCUUCUCCCUCUCUUCAUUUUUCAGCUCCUCUACAGAAUGUGCAUUAUGCAGAUUCCUUCAGGAUAUUAUCUGCAGACCAUGAAUUCCGAUCUGAAUUUGGGUGGAUUUCUUCUGCCAGUUGCAGUAAUGAAUGUCAUCAGCAUCCUACCACUACUAAUUUUAGCACCUUUCAUGGAGUAUUUCAGCACCUACCUACUUCCCUCUAAGAGAGAUGGACCAUUUCUGUUGGCAUGCAUUAUUGCUGGCAAUCUUUCUGCUGCAUUGUCUGUGAUGGUAGCUGGCUUCUUUGAAAUACACAGAAAGAACUUCCAUCCAGUCGAGCAGCCUCUUUCAGGCAAAGUUGUCACCAUUUCCUCCAUGCCCUGUUUCCACCUGGUUCUUCAAUACGUUUUACUUGGAGUGGCUGAAACUCUGGUCAACCCAGCCUUCUCUGCAAUAUCAUACAGAUUUGUUCCAAGUACCAUCAGAGGAAACUUUAUGAAUUGUUUGACACUGUUCAGUGGAUUUGGUUGUUUCAUGGGGGCACUGAUGGUGGAGCUGGUCUACCUCAUCUCAGAAGGCAAUUGGUUUCCAAACACAUUAAACAAAGGCAAUUUAGAAAGCUUCUUCUUCUUCUUGGCAUCAUUAACGUUGUUGAACGCCCUGGGAUUCUGAAGUGUUUCACAAAGAUAUUGUAAUCUAAAUCAUUUUAAUGCCCAGAACAUCAGUGGAAGUAAUCUUGAAGAAACACUUCCCCUCCAUGAAAGGUCUCUGAAAUUUUAUGGCAGUACACAGGAAUUUUCUUCAAGUAUUGAUCUUUGGGAAACAGCCCUAUGA